UCCACUGGCCGAGUACUCGGCGGGUCAGAUGUAUUUCACGCCCAGGAUGCUGUAUGUGGGUGAUGACAGCACCGAGAGGACCGUCAGCCGCGGCUCGCGGUCCGGCCGGCGCUCUGACAGGGCUCGCCGGACCCGGGCCAGCUCCCGGAGACCCCGGACGGUCCGCCGGGACAGCCGCCAGGCCGGCUGGGGGCCGCCGGAGCCGCGCCGGCCUCCGUCCCAAGCCGCUGAUAACCCGCGGUACAACCGACGGUACCAGGAGGAGACCGAGUGUCCGCGCACUCCUCACGACCCGGACGGCGACUGCAUCAAAGGCGAGGCGGGCGCCGACUACCCGACCCUGGACACCAUUCCGCGUACAGGCUUCACGUGCCGCGGCCGACCGGCAGGGUACUACGCCGACGAGGAGACACGGUGUCAGGUGUGGCACUACUGUUCGCCCACCCACGUCCGGCAGUCGUUCCUGUGUACCCGCGGCACCGUGUUCAACCAGCAGCACCUCGUCUGCGACUGGUGGUACGCCGUCGAGUGCGGCCGGUCCGACUCCUUCCACUACGUCAACAACCGGCUGUACGGCGCCGCAGAGCGGGCAGAGGAGCCGUCAGACGACUCCAGACAUCAGGAAUACAGUGGCUAUACUGGACCCAGUCUUCUGCCGUCCCAUCCCCACGGGCCGUCCACAGAGGCCCCAGCGACCGUCACUAGCACCGUCCCGCGGCCGGUGGAGCCGCUCCCAGCGCCACCUACAGAGAUGUCCCAGCUGCCGCCCGAUCACACAGAGCCGAUCUCUGAGGGGUACGAACGAGAGAAAGAGCAGCAGAAGGAGCACACCGCCGAGACUGAGGGAUGGGAGAGGAUAAAGGUGCGGAGACGGCUGAGGAAGGUUCGACGGAGACGGCCCAAGCUAGCAGGGAAGGGCGGAGAGCGGACUGAGCGUCCGAGCGAGCGGGUCAUUCCAGAUAGAGAGAGGACGUCUGGAGAGGAGAGACAUACAGAGCGAGACGAAAGAGACAGGGGUGAGACGCCCGACAAAUACACCCAGGCUCGGACGGAGAGGAUGAGGACCAAACAGCAGGAGAUGAAGCUACGUCAAAUGAAGACCCAGGAGCAAGGCAGGCUGCUGCGAGAGGAGAAACUGCGGCGCGCCAGGCAGGACGCUGCGCUCAAAACCAAGCGGGGAGAGCGGCCGCGCUGGGAGGGCGAGGAGCGGCCCCGCUCCCGGCAGAGGGAGCCGGUGGUGACGGAGGGUGCACCGAGUCCAUCCAGCAGCACCAGUACCACCAGCACCACCAGUCGGCCGCGGUACACCUUCCCCCCGUACCGACCCACCAGCACCACUGAGCGGCCGCGGUACACGUUCCCUCCGUACCGACCCAGUAAAGACUCGGCCACACCACCCGGAGAGCUGCCGUUCGGGGCGCGGCUCGGCAAGCGGAAGAAGUACGGGGGAUGA